AUGGUAAAUGGUAACGGGAGACUGUCACAGCAUUUAAAUGAACUGAAUGCGUGCGAUCAUGAGUCAGAGCUGAGCAGACAUUCGGGUAUAAAUAUGCUCCACGAAGAGCAGUGGGAUAUCAAACAGUUUCUAGCCUUCCGAAGAAGCAAAACAACGAAAUAUACCACCAUGCUCAAAUACGCCGUCGUCGUCCUCGCACUCGUUGCCUGUGCUGCUGCCAAGCCUGGACUUCUGGGUGCUCCCCUGGCCUACUCUGCUCCUCUGACCUACUCUGCUCCCCUGGCUUACACUGCUCCUGCUGCCGUGGUAGCUGCUCCCGCUCCAGUUGUGACUGCCACCAGCAGCCAGGUGAUCGCCAGGAACUUCAAUGGAAUCGCCGCCGCUCCUGUGAUUGCUCCCGUGGCUGCUCCCGUGGUGGCCAAGUACGCUGCUGCUCCUCUGCCUGCUCCAUUAGCUACUCCUUUGGUUGCUCCCUUGGCCUACUCCUCGCCUUUGGCCUACUCCGCACCUCUGAGCUACGCCGCUGCUCCUGCACCUCUCCUCAUCUAA